UACGCACUUCUCGUGCGAGUUCGACCGACUGACAGUUCGUUUCAUCAGUUAGCGAUUUUCCAGCCGAUUCCUCCUAAUUCCUCUGCCCGGUGAGCGACACCGACCCCCGAUCGGUCGACGCCGCGUCAAUCAUCUGUUCCGCCGUCGCCGUUCCUCCCGUUCGUCCGCCGUUCGCGAGGAGAAUGAACCAAGAGUGAAAACUGAGACGCAGCUAACCUCGAAAGUGACGUUCGCGCCCGUCGCCUUCGUCGCGCGAACGAUCGCGUGCGGUCCAGGAAGUAGCCGAGAAACGUUCACCGGACGGACAUCCCGGGAGGGAGAGAGACAUAUAUUCCAGAGAGAAAGAAAAGGGAGGAGGGAGGAGAGAAAGAGAGGAGGAGGACCCCUCCGACGGGAUCAUCCUCGUCAAUGGCCAGCCGAGGAGCGUUCGCGACGUCGAGUGACUAAUGGUCGCGUGCGGAUGAGAGACUCGCGAUCGACCUCGGAAGCGGCCUGGCUACGUUUUAUACAAUGUACUUUCUGUCCGCGUUGGAUGUCGCUCUUCAUGAUAUCAACAAAAUAAACCUGGCAACUGUAGAAUGAACCACUCGAGCGAGAUCUUGGGGAGAUAUUGAACUUGAUGCAACGGUGGAUGUUUAGACCGAUUUCAAAAUGCGCCAGUGUUUGAACCACCAAGUCCUGUCGUGGCUUAUCUUCCUGAUUUUCUACGCCACGUACAGCAGUGGGGAUAUCCUAGUGUUUUCCGCCCAAGGAAGACAUCAAAUCGAGGAAGAGUUUCACGAUAUGCCUGCCAAGUUCGGAGGCAUGAUACCACCGGAAGGCAUUAAGGGUAUGGUAGUUUAUGCCGAUCCUCCCCACGCGUGCCACAAGAUACAGGCCCCGCCGAACAAUACCGAUUACAAUGGUAAUUGGAUAGUGUUAAUACGACGUUUUAACUGCAGCUUUGAAAUAAAAGUUCGAAUGGCACAGCAAGCUGGAUACGAUGCUGCUAUUGUACACAAUGUAAACAGCAAAGAAUUAGAACCGAUGUCCGCAAAGGAUCCCAUAGGAAUUUUGAUACCAUCCGUGUUUGUUAGCGACAUUACGGGAGUUGUUAUCAAGGACAAUUAUUUAUACGACCAACAAUAUUUUGUACUGAUUAACGACGAUCUGCCAUUCAAUAUCAACACCCAUUUGCUCUUGCCUUUUGCCAUUGUCGUUGGGAUAUGUUUUCUAAUUAUAGUUAUUUUUAUGAUUGUCAGAUGCAUAAAGGACAGAAGGCGACAACGGAGGCACAGGCUACCUAAUUCUAGCUUAAAAAAGAUCCCUACACACAAGUAUACAAAGGGUGAUCCGUACGAGACAUGUGCCAUUUGUUUGGACGAUUACGUAGAAGGAGAGAAAUUACGAGUUUUACCUUGUGCACACGCUUAUCAUUCAAAAUGUAUUGACCCAUGGUUGACAAAAAAUCGAAGAGUUUGUCCUGUCUGCAAAAGGAAGGUUUUUGCAGCUGACGAGCAAGUCGUGACUGACGAGAGCGACUCGGAUGAUGAUACAGCACCUCUCAUUCGCGACGGCCACCAAGGUACACAAGGGGGAACGUUUGCGCGGCAGAUGGAAAAUCCUUUUAGCAGAGCUUUAGCUAGGAGAUCACAGGCUAGACAGGAUAUUAGUAAUUCUAGCGAUAAUAGCUCCGAUUCUGAGCAGUCCUACGUUACCACCGAGGAUGGCGUUAGUACUAGUGCUGGUGAACCAGCCAAUGUCACCGUUUUUAUGGUAUCCGACACUCACAGUAUAAACGGUGAAUCACAGGAGUUGGAACAUUCGGCUAGCAGUACUAAUCCGCACACGGUGAGUUUAUACGCGGACGCUCAAGAAAUUCCAGCACCUGUUGUUCAAAUCGCACCGACACGACGCGGGAUUAUGGCAAAUUCCGUGGUGCCGAAUUCCGAUUAUUAUGUCGAUACUUCAGAUAAUACGUCGGUGAUGGCCAGUAGUUCCAACAGAAACGAUGUUAUUACGUAAUGGCUUGACAUAGCUGUGACUAUCAUUAAACGUUACGAGUUGUUCGUGUCUCGCGGAAAGAUCUUUUUCUUUUCUCUCGCGAAAGAUACGUUGGUACUGUGGUGCGCACGAUAUAGAAGCGUCAAGGCAUAAUGAGGAUGAAUAUGCAUAUGUAUAAUCCGGAAGUAGAUAGUAUUUUAAUACAUAUAAAAGCUAUUAAUUUCUUUUUUUGAAUGAUGAUAUUGCGACUUAGCUUUAUGACAAAUAUUCUCGUGCAUUAAUCUGUCAAGUAUGUAUUUGGUAAAUUACGUAAUAAUAUUAUCGUUUCCUCUCUUUUGCAACGAGUAUCACAUGCAGUGAUUUAUUAUGGAAAGAGAUUAAUAAUUCCAUAUUUUAUAUAUGAUUGCAAACUUUGAGAAGUAUUUUAAAUUUGAUUCACGUACGAAACAAAAACGCAUGUAUAACGAAAUGUAUAUACUAAUGUAUAAUUAUUCGAUCUGUUUUUUUUUUUUCAAGAGCUAUGUAUUUCAUUAUUGCUUGAUUCCUUGACUUUUAAUUCUCAGUCGAAACCGUUUUCAAUAAAUAUAUAUAUGUAGGUAAGACUGCAAAUUCUAGUUCAUCGUUUAACAAAAUAUUUUGUAUAUUAGCUUAGAAAACUUUAUGUGUAGCCUACUUUAAUUUACAGUUCAUUUGAUUGAGUUUAUUUGAAAUUGCACGCUAUUGUCAUUCGGUUACCAAAACUCAAGUAUGAUGUAAUAUAUGCUUAGAUAAGUUUACUACGCUUACGUUAAGCUGCUGACGAAUGCUGGUGAUAUUGUAAAAUGACGUAGUUUUGUUGCCGACAUCGGAUCUGUACAUAUAAAUACUAUCUAUUAAUACAUCUAACAGUCGAGACCAAAAAUGCGCAGAUUCCUUUCAAUGCAGGACAUAGGAUACUGUGAACUUUCAAGUUUAGACACUAAGUUGAUGAAAUUGAAUCUUUAACCGCGUUAAGUUUUACGGAAAAUUUAUUGUUAUUCAAAGUAUAUUAUGUAAACUAACUGUACUGUUUUAUAAAAGAUAGAUUACUUAUAUGUGAAGUGGGCUGUAUAUAAUAUGACGUGUCGAUAAUUAUAUGUACAUUUCGCUACUCUCAAA